CCGAGACAAGAUGUGAACCGAGCAGUGUUGACAAGCGAGUGCUGUAACCACUCCACCACCACCGCCCCCCGCUGUUAUCAGGCCGCACAGCUCGCUCUGUAUACGCGGCAGCUGACACAUGCGAAGGAGUAGAGAGAAGAUAGUCCCGGGCUGUGUGCACUUUGUCCUGAUCGCAUUUAACGGCGAUGGCAGACAUGGCGUCGAAGGUUGUCCAGGCCGUUGUUCCAAACAAGGAGCUGCAUUCGUUUGUCGUCCGCUGUAUGACCAGUGUUGGGACCCCUGCGCACCAUGCCACUGCACUUGCAGACCUCCUGGAAGCAGCAGACUACAGAGGACAUUACAGCCAUGGCCUCAAUAGACUGGACAUGUAUGUUCGAGACAUCCAAACUGGAAUGACAGCUCAUGACAAAGAACCAACCAUUGUAAAGGAAACAGCAGCUACAGCUCUGGUGGAAGGCAACAAUGUAUUGGGUCCAGUAGUGGGAAAGUAUUGCACAGACCUUGCAAUUAAAAAGGCAAAAGAAGCAGGCAUCGGGUUUGUCACUGCUCGAGGUUCGAACCAUUUUGGUAUUGCUGGCUGGUACAGCAUGCGAGCAAUGGAACAAGGGUUGUUGGGUAUGGCCUUCACCAAUACCUCACCUCUGAUGGUCCCAACCAGAGCCAGAAAACCAACUUUAGGCACCAACCCUCUGACUUUGGCAGCUCCAGCCAAAAAUGGUGACAGCCUCGUCCUGGAUAUGGCCACUACAGCUGUUGCUCUUGGCAAGAUAGAGCUGAAUGACAGAAAGGGCAUCCCCAUUCCUUCUGGGUGGGGCACAGACUCUAGAGGAAAGCCCUGCACUGACCCCAAGCCAGUGGUGGAAAGUGGAGGGCUCAUGCCACUGGGUGGAACAGAAGAAACCAGUGGCUAUAAGGGAUAUGGACUGGCCAUGAUGGUAGAGGUCUUCUGUGGAAUAUUAAGUGGUGCAUCCUUUGGUCCUAAUGUUCGACGAUGGAAAACCAAUGACAGACCAGCCAAUCUUGGUCAGUGUUUUAUUGCUAUAGACCCAGAUGCCUUUGCCCCUGGAUUCCCAGAUAGACUGAGUGAACUGAUGAACUACUGCCGCAAUCUAGAGCCUGCAGAGGGUGAGAAGGAAGUGCUUGUGGCUGGGGACCCGGAGAGAAGUCAUAUGAAAGAGUGCGACGGCCUUGGGGGAAUCCCCUACCACCCCAAUCAGAUCCAGUAUGCUAAUGACCUUGCAUCAGAAUUGAAAGUGGACCCAAUGAAGACUUUACUCAAUGGCGUGCGUGAUGUUAUCUUCCCCUCCAAUCAACGCUCUCUACCCAUCCCACUCGCCCGGAUGUCUGCACCACGUGACUGUCCCACAAACGACCACCUCACAGGACACCAGAUGGCGAGCGAGCAGGUAGGUGGGGCGGCGGCCGGUGACCAGGAGGACGGCGUUGUCAUAGUAACGUGUCAGGAGCUGCAGGCGUUCUGUGUGAGAUGCCUGCAGAAGGUGGGCGCUGUAACUGAGCACGCCAGGGCAAUGGCCGAGCUCAUCGUGGCGGCUGACCCGGGCCAUUACAGCCAUGGACUGAACAGGAUAGGAGGAUAUAUGGACGACAUCCGUAACGGUUGUGUCGUCUCUUCACCGGAAGUGACGCCAGAAAUCGUGAAGGAAACAGUGGCAACAGCCCUUGUGGAUGGUCAUAACCUAAUGGGACCUGUGGUGGCCACCUUUGGAAUGGAUCUGGCCAUACGCAAAGCAAAACAAGUCGGGAUAGGAUGGGUCUGUGUCAAAGGGUCAGGCCACUUUGGUAUCGCUGGCUGGUACAGCUCCAGAGCCAUGGAGCAAGGACUGAUAGGUAUGGCAUUCACCAAUACCUCACCUGUUUUGGUUCCAACACGAGCCACUCAGAGUACUCUGGGUGCAAACCCCCUCUCAGUUGCUGCACCAGCUCAGGGUGGCGACAGUUUUAUGUUGGACAUGUCCACCACUACAGUUGCCAUUGGCAAGGUGGAGAUAAAACAGAUUCUCCAACAACCAUUACCGGUGGGCUGGGCAGUGGACUGUGACGGCAAACCGACAACAGACCCUAACAAGGUGAUGAACGGCGGCAGUCUCAUGCCACUAGGUGGCGCAGAGGAGACAGGAGGCUACAAGGGGUACGGACUGUCCAUGAUGGUAGAGGUGUUCUGUGGCAUCCUCAGUGGCGCCAACUACGGACCGUUUGUGCCCAUGUGGUUUAAACACAGUGCCCCGGUCAAUCUGGGACAAUGUUUUGUAGCCCUCGACCCACAAGUCUUCGCUCCAGGGUUCGGUGACCGCUUGAGCCAACUGUUGAACCAUUGCCGCAACCUGCAGCCGGCGGAGGGAGAGAGCGAAGUGCUGGUGCCAGGAGACCCAGAGCGACAACACAUGGAGAAAUGCGAUGCCCUGGGAGGAAUCCCCUACACACGGAAACAGAUCGACUGGGCGGAUAAUCUAGCCAGAGAGAAUGGUGUGCCGCCGCUGGAACGACUAAAAAUAAAAACAAUAGCAGGUCAGGGUAACCCAAUGGCGUGCGUGGUGUCAUCUUCCCCUCCAAUCAACGCUCUCUACUCAUCCCACUCGCCCGGAUGUCUGCACCACGUGACUGUCCCACACACGGCCACCUCACAGGACACCCCAAUGGCGAGCGAGCAGGUAGGUGGGGCGGCGGCCGGUGACCAGGAGGACGGCGUUGUCAUGGUAACGUGUCAGGAGCUGCAGGCGUUUUGUGUGAGAUGCCUGCAGAAGGUGGGCGCUGUCACAGACCACGCUCAGGCAAUGGCCGAGCUCAUCGUGGCGGCUGACUACCGGGGCCAUUACAGCCAUGGACUGAACAGGAUAGGUGCGUAUAUGGACGACGUCCGUAACGGUUGCGUCGUCUCCUCGCCGGACGUGAAGCCAGAAAUCGUGAAGGAAACGGCGGCAACGGCCCUUGUGGAUGGUCAUUGCAUCAUGGGGGCUGUGGUGGCCACGUUUGCAAUGGAUCUGGCCAUACGCAAAGCGAAGGACGUCGGGAUUGGAUGGGUCAGUGUCAGAGGAUCAGGCCACUUUGGCAUCGCUGGCUGGUACAGCUUACGAGCCAUGGAGCAGGGACUGAUAGGUAUGGCCUUUACUAAUGCUUCGGCGAACAUGGUUCCAACACGAGCCACUCAGAGUACCCUGGGUGCUAACCCUAUUGCAGUUGCUGCGCCUGCUAAGGAUGGCGACAGUUUUGUGCUGGACAUGUCCACCACUACGGUGGCAGCUGGAAAGGUGGAGGUCAAACGGACGAUGCAACAACCGUUACCUGCGGGCUGGGCAGUGGACUGUGACGGCAAACCGACAACAGACCCCAACAAGAUGAUCAACGGCGGAGGUCUUAUGCCGCUAGGUGGCGCAGAGGAGACAGGUGGCUACAAGGGUUACGGACUGUCCAUGAUGGUAGAGGUGUUCUGUGGCAUCCUCAGUGGCGCCACCUUCGGACCGUUCGUGCCCAGAUGGUCUAAACACAAUGCCCCGGUCAAUCUGGGACAAUGUUUUGUAGCCCUCGACCCACAAGUCUUCGCUCCAGGGUUCGCUGACCGCUUGAGCCAACUGUUGAACCACUGCCGCAACCUGCAGCCGGCGGAGGGAGAGAGCGAAGUGCUGGUGCCAGGAGACCCAGAGCGACAACACAUGGAGAAAUGCGAUGCCCUGGAGGGAAUCCCCUACACACGGAAACAGAUCGACUGGGCGGAUAAUCUAGCCAGAGAGAAUGGUGUGCCGCCGCUGGAACGACUGUCAUAAUUUCUGACACUGAGUACACAACGAAAGUAGUGAAAACUGAAAAACGAACUUUAAACAGGAAGCAGUGCAGACCUUAAGCAGAUUUCUUUCAAGUUUAUAUUGUGUAUGACGGAGCACCAGUGUUAGGAAAGGACCGAGUCUGAGAAAUCUGGUUUCCAAUUUCAUAACAUGGGACCAGGUGCAGAGAAUUUCUCCAAGUGAUGUGAAAACCCGAAACAGUUUGUAAUGCGCGAGGGCACACCCACCCACCCGAGUGUUUCCCCAACAGGUCCGGCUUGCCUUUAUGGUAACAGCUCAUGGUUGACAUACUGCAGUUUAUUAUAUUUCUGGAGUUUCGAACCCUUUCUUAUCCAGGCCUAAAUGAAAGUCAAGACUGUUGCUGUGUACAUACUGUAAGCCAAUUUCUUAAUGUGAUAUCUUUAUAGAAACUUUUUUUGAAUGGCGGAUUACCAGCAUUUGGAAUAGCUGAUGCAAUGUGUGGGUACAUCAGGAGAGACUCUUUUAUAAAGUUCUUAAUUAUUACAGUUUCUACAAAAUUUUUUAACUCAAAGUGUCUUAGUUUCAAAUAAACACAGCUGUAGAAAGUAAUAACUGUUA